AUGCUGAUCCUCGCCAGUGUUGACCAGUCAGAAAACUAUUUCAGGGGUAAAAGCAAAGCUUACUUCAACGAACUGAACGUAGGAGCCAUAAGGUUUGAAUACUGCUCGUCGUCGAGUAGAGCGGAAGGAAAGACUGGGGCCCAAAUAACGAUCGGGAAGUCAAAGUAUUUAGCAACGGUCCCGGAUACGAGCGCAGAAGCUGAACAGGCAGGCCCUAUGACAACAUUUGCACCUGCCUCUAUGAAAUUGAUAAGCGCUCCAGCAUCGGCGGACUCCACACAUUCGCCCAUUGCCCAUGACAAGUUCAGCUUAUCAUAUGCGGGUAGUAUUCCAUCCGCAACGAUUUUGUCCCAAGCUACUCCUAUUCCGCCAGCUGUCUCCCUCCAUCCAACAUACUGCGAUAUUUCGGUAUUGUUGUAG